AUUUCCUUCUUCCAAAGCGAAACGCAAGAUGCAAUCUCUGUAACCCUAGGAGCUCUCUCUCUCUCCAGAGGCUCGGAGGUGUAAACAACCUGAUAAAACCAGUUCUAGAUCAUGCUUAUUAACAGCAGCGCAAUCCACAGAACCCACUACGACAUUUUGGGUGUGAAAGAAGAUGCAAGCUAUGAAGCUAUACGUUUAAAUCACCGAACUGCUAUCCUCAAUUCUCAUCCGGACAAAUUGCAAAAAACAUCUGAGACACCCAAUCCUGACCUUGAGCCAGGAGAUCGAUUUGUUGAGGUACAGAGAGCUUGGGAAAUCCUCAGCAAUCCAAGGUCGCGUGCAGUUUAUGAUAAUGAACUGCGAGCUUUGAGACAGGACACAGUAACUGCGGAAGAUGUAUGCUUAGAGGAUCUCACUGUUGAAGAUAGUGGUGAAAUUCUAGAGCUUUUUUACCGGUGCCAAUGUGGCGAUUACUUUUCUGUUGAUUCUUUGGAGUUGGGGGAGAUGGGGUACCAAUUGUUAAGGAAUGGGAAUAAGGUUUAUUUAGAAACUCCAAGUGCUUUGCCAGCAUCAUUUGUUCUUCCUUGUGGGUCUUGUUCUCUGAAUAUUCGUCUAUUGAUUAAUGUAGACAUGAGCCUCCCAACUAAUGAUCAUUCGUAAUGAUAAUUUUGCUUUAUUUUGUC